AUGCUCUCCGUACCAGUUAACCUCCCGAAAUGGCUGGCCGAGAACUCACAUCUCUUGAAACCGCCAGUCAAUAACUACUGCGUUUACAAUGAAGGCUUCACCGUCAUGAUCGUAGGCGGCCCCAACGCUCGCACAGACUAUCACAUCAACCAGACGCCCGAGUGGUUCUACCAGUACAAGGGCGCCAUGCUCCUAAAGGUCGUCGACGACGGCGUCUUCAAAGACGUCGUGAUCCGCGAGGGCGACAUGUUCCUGCUGCCGGGCAACACGCCGCACAACCCCGUGCGCUUCGCCGACACGGUAGGCGUUGUCCUCGAGCAGCGCAGGCCGGCUGAUUCGAUCGACCGCAUGCGCUGGUACUGCCAGGAGGACGGGUGCGGCGCCGUCGUCCACGAGGCCGCGUUCCACUGCACCGACCUCGGCACGCAGAUCAAGGCCGCUAUCGAGGCCUUCAUGGCCUCUGAGGAGAACAGGAAGUGCGGCGAGUGUGGCGUUUUGGCGAAUUCAGUACCGAAACCAGGCUCUAUCAAAGAUCCGAAUCUGGAGUAA